AUUCCAAGAUGGCGCUUCCAAAGCUCCAAACUUUCAUAACRAGAGAAAGAUUCUGCAAAACUGGUGCUGUGAUCUUCUUACAUGGAGAAGAAGGGUGUGCGAAGACCCUCAAAGACCGCAUAAAGAGUUUCUAYUAUAAAAACUGGGAUUUUGAACAUGUACAAGUYAUUUAUCCACAAGCGCCCCAAAUUCCGUAUACGAUCGAUAAAGGCCAGCUCAAAAAUGUUUGGUUUGACAGAAAGGAUCUUAAUCCAACUGGUCCAGAGAUGAAAGACUCUCUUGAAAGAAGCUGUAGUUUAGUUAGACAGCUAGUAAAUGAUUUGGUGACGAGUGGAACGAAGAGGAAUCGGAUCGUGUUGGGCGGUAUUGACUUAGGGGCGCAGCUAGCCAUGCACGUGGGUUAUAGGUAUCUUCCUGACAUUGCUGGUGUGUUUGGACUCUCAACUUACCUUAACCCUGCAUCUAGUGUCUUUAGACAUAUUUUGAAAGAGAAACAAGAGGACAAAAAUAAAGAAUUUCCUCGUUUAUUUYUGUGUCAUGAUCAUGAUGACAAGAAAACAUCCCUAAAAUGGGCUACSCUWACAGCAGAGUGUUUCAUGGAUCUUGAUAUUGAUAGUGAAUUCCACGUUUAUUAUGCAAAAGAYGACAAUGAGCUCUCUGUAUAUGAGAUAGAUCACUUGAAAGACUGGAUUCUCACAAUGGUUCCAGAGGAAUUUUGAAGGUGCGUCCUCGGGUUUAUCACCAACGGCGAUCAUCAAACACAGAAGCCAGCAAACCAACGCCAGACCAGUCCUUUCAAGCCUGGCCAUUGUUUCUUUUUCACGUACAAAUACGUGGAUUCCAGUGAUUCUUUWAAAAUAACAAUUCCUUCCCUCUCCUGUACUUCAACCUAACAAGMAAAAUGAGAAAAGGGUUUUCAAUUUGAGCGAAUACCAGAGUCAUGAGGUAAUUCGUUGUUUACACGGAGGACAUCCCGACCAUAUCCCGCGUGUAGUUGAGUGGAUCGAUGUCAAUGAUCCCUGGUGAUGUUACACUCUAAGUUCGCCCUAAAUGGCCAAUGUAMGAGAAAAACAUCAYAACAUCAUCCUUAUUUAGACUUGUAUUUGCUGGUAAAUCGCAAUGCUUGCAUGAAUGGUGAAGAUUUUGAUUAAUAAGCAAUGAGUUUGGUGUUGUUUCUUGUCUCGCGGGUGACURAAAAGAAUAGUGUCAUUAGAAAAAAAAAAGAAACGUUUUACAAAGGUUAUGAAAUGCCAAUCCCUCUGUCAAGUGUCCGCUAAAGUUGUAUUCUAUAAAGUUAAUAAUUUUUUCUUUUUAAAUUUGAUUAAGAAUGGCUAAAUAUUAAGCAAGUAUACGGAAAACGCUUCGAUGAGACGUACUCUUGAAUCCUGCUUUGUUGUAUCUGAGUGAGAUUCAGCUAAGAUGCAAUGCCCAGUGACGUCAUUUCUAUACUAAAGCAUGAUGGGUAAAAGAGUAUUUGCAACUUUCAUGCACUUGCAAAAGGGAAGCAUAGACAACCAAGGACUGCUAUUAACUCAAUAAACGAUUUCUUUUUUUUCCUCUAAAAUCCUCACCGAAUUCAGUAACAGAGUUCACAACUACGCGGCGUUAAGUAAGCUAUACUACAAGAUAACAGUUAUGUAAAAAGAUGAAUUUAACAC